AAUUAUCUUAGAAGAAAAAAAGAACAAACUAUAAUUUAAAGAGAAAUAUGGCAAGCAACAAUUACCAUGUUCGCUCAAACAGUUUUCCUUCUCAAUCUCAUCCUAAUACCUCAAGAUUAGAACAAGAGCUAACCAAAAUUAAGACAUGGGAAGCCACAUCAACAUCGACAUCUGAUUCAAUUACCAAUGGCCUUUCAUUUCUUGAAGAUUUGUAUAUUUCUUUGGAAAAUCUUCUCAAUAUGUCAUCAACACAAAAGGCCAUUGCUCACCGUCAAGGUGAGAAAUUUGUUGAAGAGUUGUUGGAUGGUUCAGUGAAAAUUUUGGAUAUCUGCGGCAUCACAAGGGACACCGUGUCACAAAUUAAAGAAAAUGUUCAAACACUUCACUCUGCUCUUAGAAGGAGAAAGGCAGAUUCAAGCAUUGAAAAAAGUGUAGCCGAAUAUAAAUUCUUCACAAAGAAGAUGAAGAAGAAUGUCACAAAGUUGAUCACAUCUUUAAAACAUAUGGAAAGUAAAUUUGGAGCUUCCUCGCUUUUGAAUCAAGAUCAAGACCUUGUUGCAGUGAUUACAGUUAUUAGAGAGGUCAUUGCAAUGAACAUGUCUAUCUUUCAAUCCCUUCUGUCUUUCUUGGUUGGUUCUGCAUCAAAAUCAAAGGCAACCAAAUGGUUUAAAGUGGCAAAAUUGAUGCACAAAACGACAAUCUCAUGUGAAGAGAAGUUGGAGAAUUUCAAUGAAUUGCAGUCAGUUGAUGCAUCUUUGAGAACCCUUUCAAGAGAAGGUUCAAUUGUUUCAAAGGAUGCACGUGAAAGAUUUGAGGCUUUGGAGAAUGCAAUUGAAAUGAUUGAAAAUGGUUUAGAGAAUAUAUUUAGGUGUUUGGUUAAAACUAGAGUUUGUCUUUUGAACAUUGUGACUCUAUCUUAGAGAUCUGCUCAGGAUCGAAAAAUUUUGCACAGUUAAUUUGUAUAUAAAUACUAUGUAUACAAUUCAAUAGAAAUACAAUCAAAUAGAAACAACAAAUU